UCGACUGUAGCGCCAUAUAUAUGAAAAUGGGGAGUGUAUGAGACUGCUGUCGUGCAUCCAAUUGCGGCUAGGUUUUGCAGCUCUUCGCACGCGUCCAUCAUGGCAUCUGUUGUAGAAUUGAGUGUUUCUGCUCUUGUGUAUGAAUAUUUACUAAAAAAGGACGCGUCGUUGGCGAAGGUUUUUCAAAAGAAAACAAAAGCGCCCGCAUUGCCAAAGGGCGCACCAACAAUUGAGGACGUUUUUAAUCAUUUUCAAAAAACAUCGCAAAUAAAGUUAAACAUAAAGGCACAAGCUGAAGAUACAAGUUCAGAUACAAGUUCGGAGAGUGAAGAAGAUGCACCAAGGAAGGUGCCACAAGUAAAUGGUAAAGCUGCAGUUAAUGCUGCAGUGAAUAAUAAAAAAAAGAAAUCUUCUUCAGAAGAAAGCUCUAGCGAAAAUGAAAAACCUUCACCAAAAGUACAUGCAAAAACUAAGGCUACUGUUAAACCAUUAUCUAAAACGCCGCCUGUAAAGAAAAAAGAAAGUUCAGAUGAUAGUUCUUCAGAAGAGGAAGAGGUACCUAAAACACAACCUAAAGCAGUAUCAACGCCAAAAGUAACUCAGGUAUCUAAAACACAGAAAUCUUCGGAUGACUCAGAUUCAGAUAGCGAAGAAGAAUCUAAAGCAAAUAUAACUGCAAAAGCAAAUACAAAAUCAGCUGCACCAGCUCAAACAAAAUCCACAAUAAAUAAAAAGGAAUCUUCGAGCGAAGAUAGUACUGAUAGCGAAGAAGAAAGUCCAGUUAAGCCAGUAUUAAAGAAACCAACAUCUACACAAACUAUAAUAAAAACACCAGCAAAGAAAGAAGAAUCCUCUAGUGAUGAUUCUGAUGAUUCUUCGGAAGAAGAAGAAGUUGCCAAACCUCAGCCAGCAGUUAAAGCCAAGCCGGUUGCUAAACCUACUAAUGUUGCUAAGCAAGAGGAAUCUUCGAGCGAUGAUUCGGAUGAUUCUUCAGAGGAGGCAACUAUUGCAAAACCACCAGUUGCUAAAGCUAUUCCAAAUAAGAAAAAACAGGAAAAAUCUGUUCAACAAAAGAAAGAAGUAGUGCCUACUCCACAAAAGAAGGAAACAAUAAAAUUAGGAAAGCAAAACAAAGGUUUACCAACAAAACCAACAGUAACAGUAACGAAAGAAUCAUCUACUGAAGAAAGUAGUGAGGAAGAAGUAUCAGUUAAAAAGGCUGUUCCUUCAUCAACAUCAGUAGUAGCAAAGAAAGCUAUAGUUAAAAAAGAAGGAUCUUCCUCUAGCGAAGACAGCAGUGAAGAUGUAGAACCAGCUAAACAGCCAGCUAUUCCACAAACAACCGUAGUUGCAAGGAAAGUACCUGCUAAGAAAAAUGAAUCUUCUUCCAGCGAAGAUAGCAGUGAAGAAGAAGAACCACCAACAAAAAAGCCUGCUCCUGCUAAAUUAGUAACACCAGUUGUAUCUAAAAAAGCAAAAUCUUCUAGUGAAGAUUCUGAUGAUUCAGAUGAAAAUGUAAAGACAGCUACAAAAGCGACAACAAAACCUGCAAAGAAAGCUGAGUCCAGUUCUGAAGAUUCGGAUGAAUCUGAAAAUGAAAAACCAGUCAAAAAACCAGUAUCUGCAGUUACAAAAACAAUAAAGAAAACUGAAGGUAAAAAGGAAUCAUCCAGUGAAGAUUCUGAUUCAGAUUCAUCAGACAAUGAAAAAUCAAAUACAUCUAUUGCUAAAACUCCUGUCGCAAAAGAAACAGCAGUUAAAAGAGAUUCAAAUUCAGAGGAAGGUGAUUCUAAUGAAAAACAGCAAAUAACUCCAACCCCAAAGACACCUAAAGUUGAGAAAAGAAAACACAAAGAAAUAGAACAGGAACAAGAAGAGGAAGAUGUAGGAAAGCCCCCUGCAAAAGCUCAGAAAAAUAAUUACAGUAAUUUUGUAAAGGCGAAUAAUAGUUUCAAUAACGACAAGCGACACAAAAAUACUCCAUUUCGUCGUGUAAAGGAUGAUGAGCUAGAAUUGGAUCCCAAAUUGGCAAACAAUUCUUUUGAGGCAAAGAAAGGUGCUCGUGGUUCUUGGGGAGAGAAAGCGAAUCAGGACCUCAAAUUCACAAGAGGAAAGUCAUUUCGUCACGAGAAAACGAAGAAAAAGCGCGGUAGCUACCGCGGUGGUCAAAUAGAUACUAGCGUCAAUUCUAUUAAAUUUGACGACUGAGAAAGCAGUUGUAAAAAGUAAAUGAACACGUUAUAUUAUUAUUAGCCUAUAUAUUUAAUUAAAGUAACAGAUAUAAGAAUUUUAAGUCUCUAAGUUUCAUUUAGUGAAGAACUUGGAUAGUAUUUUUAGAAUCAUUAACGCUAUUGUACUCGAUUAUUACGAAAUUAAGUGAACUAUAUAUAACUUUGCUAUUAUGUUUAAUCUCUUAAGUUGAUUUCAUGUAGUCUCUUUUUAACAAUUAGUAUCUAUAAGACUGCAAUUUGAGUAUAUCUGACGAAAAUUUCUAUUACUUAUUUUAAUACAAAGAAAAUGACUUACAGAAGAUAUUUCGAUAUUGGACUACUGUAUUAAAAAGUAAUUGUCAUUUAUUGCAAUAUGUAACAUAUUUCGUAUAUCUAUUGCUCCUAGAAUUACUAGGAAAUACAACAGAUAUUUGUCUGUCGUUAUCGAAGCCUGAAUAAUUCCACCUUUCUCGUCAAAUCUCUUAAGGAUUUUUUGAAGAUAUAUUCUCUAUGUAAUAUAACAUUCAGCUUCGUACACGAAUGUUGUUUUGACAUUGCUUUCUUCUCUAACUAGUAGUAAAAUUUUAUUGCGAUUAUGACAUGUAAUUAAAGAUUCAAAAUAUGAAAUACGAUAUGCAAACUAAUAUUUAAAUGAAAAAGGUAAAUUUCAUAAGUAUGCAACAGAGUUUAUAUAUAUGGAAAUAAUUUAAUGAAUCUGGUUACAAUGAAUUGGACAAAACAAGAUAGAAAUAAUUUUGGGCACACAAAUUUAUUAUCACUCCAUCACUAUUCAUUUAAAAAUAUGUAUAAUUUUGUAAUACAUUGUCAUCGAACAGCUAUAAAGACAAUGUACUUCUA